AUGUCAAUGUUUAGAUCAUUUAAAGAUUUACAUAGGCGCUCGUUGGAUAUGGACGAUAGUAGCAACAGCAGCGGUAGUAAUAGUAGUAAUCAAAGUAACAAUAAUCACUAUAAUAGUACUAGUCAUCAACAUGGAAUGGACCAAACACAAACACAAUCAUUAAAUACCAAUAGCAAUGAAAACAAUCAUUAUUUAAAUAAUCAAAAUAAUAAUAAUAAUAAUAAUAAUAAUAACAAUAAUAUGAAUAAUAAUAGUAAUAGUAGUAAUGGUAGUAAGGAUGAUUCACCAAAAGUUAGAAGAAGAAGAUCAGCUAGCGAUGUAGCACAAAAUAAUGAUUUAAAACGAGCAUUUCGAAUAUAUUGGGCAAGCGAUGACCACAUGUAUUGGACAUUUCUAUUAGAUGCAACAAAUACUGUCGGAGAUAUUACAGAUGGAUUAAAAACAAAGGUUCCAACAGGAGUUCAAGUCUAUUUGUACAAGAGAACCAAAGGAAAUUUUGGUAGAUGGAAAGAUAGAAGACUUUCAAACGAAGACAAGGUGUGGGAUAUAGUAGACAAGCGUCGCGACAAGUCAAAGUCUGACCCGAUAUUUGUUGUAAAAAAGAAGAAAUCAUCCAAUUUGAACCUUGUGACAAAGAAAUCACAACUCGAUUCGUCGACAACUCACAACUCGUCGUCAUCGUCGUCGUCGUCGGCUACUUCCUCCUCUUCAUUGCAGGCUGCUUUAUCAACUACAUUGGGUGGAUCAUCUUCAUCUACCUCUGCCGAUUCAACUCUAUCACCUUUAACAAACUCUGGUGAAAUUUUAAAUAAUAAUAAUAAUAAUAAUAGUGGAAAUAGUAGUACUAGUAGUCAUCACACUGGAAUCAAUCAUAUCACUAAUAGUCAGAGUACAAGUUCAAACAACUUGUACAAUAAUAACCAUAAUACUACAUCUUAUCAACACCAUUCCAAUAAUAAUAAUAAUAAUAAUAAUAAUAAUUCUGGUCAAGGUAGUUCAUCAAGUAGUAGUAGUAGUACUCCACCAACACCCUAUCUCAAUACAUCUCCUGUACCUAUUCGUAUAGCAAAUAGUAAUAGUACUAGUAAUAAUAAUAUUAUUCCAACUACUCAACAACAAUCUCAAACAUCUCAACCUCCACCUCAACAACCUCAAAAUGGUAAUGGAUUAAAAACAACAAUGGAAAUUGCUCCACCUGUUGUUGUUGUAGCACCUACAUCAACUUCUUCAACUACUACACAACAACAACAACCACAACCAAUACAAUCAUCAUCAUCUAAACCAAUGAAAAUAUCUGCCAUUUCUGGUAGUAAUGUAAAUAAUAAUAAUAACAAUAAUAAUAACCUUAAUAAUAAUAAUAAUUCUCCAUCACCAACAAUUAGUAUAAAUUCUCAACCAAUUCAAAGACCAUCAAGUCCAUUAAAUUCGAUUAGUAAUAGUAGCCAUUUGAAAAAAGUUGGUGGUGGUGGUAGUAGCAGUAGCAGUGGCAACAAGAAUAAUAGACUAUCGAUACAAGAUCCCAACAAGGAGAUUAUGAGAUUGAUGAGAUUCUAUUUUAGCGAAAUGAGCUCGUUUGGAGGACAAGAGGGCGGUGGUCGAUUCUUUACGAUUGCCGUGCACAAGGAGACUACGGCACGAGACGUUGGCAUUUCGAUCGAACAGAAACUAGCUCUUCCAGAGGCAUCGAUUACCGUCUAUUUGGUUUUGCCGGUUCAAAGCAAUGGAAGCAAGAUUGAACGAAUGUUGGGAGACGAUGAAUCAAUCAUCGACAUUAAAGAUUCUUGGGAAGAUCCUUCACAAACUUUCUUUUUAGUCAAAGAAAGUACUAUUUAUCGACAAUUACAACAACAAUUUAAUAAUUUAUCAAAUAACAACAACAAUGUAUUUAAUCAAUCAACAUCCUUGACCAAUAAUCAAAAUAAUAAUCAAAUUAAUAACAAUCAAAAUAAUAAUCAAAAUAAUAAUAAUCAAAAUACUACUGGAAACAAGAGAUCAUCUAGGAGUUUAUUACCGGGCGUUUUAACGGCGGCUGGAAAUAAUAAUGGAAAUAAUAAUGGAGGCAAUGCAACAAAUGGUCAUGAACCAAUUGUUAUACCAAGUGAAUGGAGAAGAUCGACCGAUGCAAUAUCACUAAGAUCUAGUGAAGAUUUGUGGAAACGAAAAUCGAUACCAAUCUUUUUACAAGUGUCACCUGCUUCACCUCACAAGUCGGUUGGUAUUAGCUCGCCACUUGCCAAUAUGGUAGCGUCGGCUAAUCAAGGUCAAAAUGUGACCGAUGACGAGGGUGAUGAUUCAGACGAGGAGUCUGAGCUCGACUUGACGUUGUUGCGUGGUUGGGUGCAUUGGAUCCCGUCGGUGGAACUCGAGUAUAUUAAGCGUAUUGGUAGUGGCACGUACAGCAAGGUGUACAAGGGAGCAGCUGAUUGCGCAGCAACAACUCCAGCUCCAGCAGCAGUUACAGCAGCAGUUCAAGUCGCAAGAGGAGCUGCAUCUUGCAGACGAGGAGUUGCAGCGUCCACCCACCGCCACCACCACGACAACCACUUCACAACGACCCUGUCAACCACAACCACCACCACAACUACCACAAGCACCAAAACCAUCAUUACCACCACCAAAAAGAUUGGAACUGCUGUCGGCGAUGAGCAACAUGUCGGCGGCAGUAUAGUUGAUCGAGCCGGAGAAGAUGCAAUGAAAAAUGUAUUAAAGAAUAAUUCUUGUAAUAAUAACAGUAUAUUGGAAAAUAAUAAUAAUAAUAAUAAUAAUAAUAGUCAAUCGGUGGCACAUGUACAUGCAGCAACAGCAAUGGCAAUUGCCUCCAUUUUAAAAGAAGAUUUGACAACAAACAACAAAUUGGUAACAACAACAAGUAUUAGUAGUGCAAAUGUUGAACAAUAA